AGUGGAGCUUGUGAUUGCGGUCCACAGACAGGAUAUGGUGUCGGUGUGUUCAGUGACAGCACAAAGCGGGCGGAGGAGGGAGACAAAGCCGGGGAUCCCUGAUUCUACACACUGACGAGGUGGAGGUGACUGACAUCAUGAGCGGAUCUGCUGUGUGAUCUUUCCUUCCAGAGGACACCAUGUACGUGCUGGUCACUGUGCUGGUGGCAUUAUUUGUUACCCUUUAUUUAAAGUGGUUUAAGAGCAGACGCCCAUGUCUUGAUGUAAAAAGGCUGGAUGGCAAAACUGUCCUCAUUACUGGUGGAACUUCUGGUGUUGGAAAAGAGACAGCCAUUGCUUUGGCAAGACGUGGUGCCCGUGUCUGUAUUACAUGUCACGAUGAACAGAAAGGAGAGUCUGCUGUACGAGAGAUUAAGAAAGAGAGUUCCAGUAUGAACGUCCGAUUCUGGUGUCUGAACUUGGCAAACCUGCAAAACAUACGCAACUUUUGCAGAGAGUUUCUGAAGACUGAAAAACGCCUUGAUAUCCUUAUAAACCUCGAUGGAGUACCAGCUCUGCUGGACUGGACCGAUAACGGAUUCAGUAUGUGUUUUGGAGUCAAUCACCUUGGACCUUUUCUUCUCACCAAUCUACUUCUGGACCGCCUCAAGCAUUGUGCACCAGGCCGUAUCGUUAAUGUCACUUCUAACAUUCACAAAUAUCAGAAGCUGGACUUUGCAGACCUUAACUACAAUGUAGUGCCACUUUUUGCAUACUGCAAGAGCAAACUGGCAAAUGUUUACUUUACCCAGGAGUUGGCUCGGCAGGUGGAGAGGCAUGGCAUAUCUGCAUGUGCUGUUCAUCCAGGUUAUGUUGUUGACGAGUGGACAUCCCGAUUUUCAAUCCUGUUCCGCAUAGUGAUGUAUGUCUUCACUUCUAUGUUCUUCAUCUCCAGCCAGGCAGCUGCUCAGACUGUAAUAUAUUGUGCUGUAUCUGAUGACAUUCUCCAGCACAAUGGAGGUUAUUUCUCAGACUGUAAACCAUGCACGUUGCAGCCACAUGCACAGGACAGUGGAAUUGCUAAAAAGCUUUGGGAAGCAAGUGAAACAAUGGUUGGUCUUACCUCCUCUCCGAGGGAACAUUUAGCUACAAGAACACGAUAGCAUUGAAAUGAUCAAGGGUCCACAAAAACUCAAUGCCAAUCCUUUUAGUGUGGAUUUUUUUUUUUUUUUUUUUUCUGAAUGCCAACUGUUUAAUUUCCCACCACUUUCGGGUCUUGUGGCAUUAGAUUCAGUGGGGACACAAACCGCAAAAACAAUGUUUGACAUUUACAUAAGACAAGAAAAUAUUCUACACCAGAGGGCCAACACCCAGACUUGCGUUUUAUCUGUGUUUAAUUUAUUUAUAUGAUGUAAAAAAAUUGCAUGAAUAAUUAUUUUCAUUGUUCAUUCAAAGCAAGUUUGAUCUGUUAUUAAAUUAUUUAAAUUCAUGUCGGCGAAGACCUGUCAUUACAGCAGCCAGAGGUGUGAAAACUGCUUUGCCUCCUACUACUAAGGAUGAUUUUGAAUAAAUGACGCACAUAAAAGUC